AUGUUCUCCAGAACAAUCCCCGCAGCAGCUCGACUCUUCAGUACUACCGGAAAACCCCCGGCAGGAAUACCAGUCAUCGUCUGCGGAAGAACGAGUCAGAUCGGAGACGUUGUCAGGGAAGAAUUGCAGCCUGAAUAUGAAGUAACGCAUCUCUUCCUCUCGCCUGCUACGGCGAAGAGUGAAAUUCCUGCAUUACUUCGUCAGACGGGUUCGACUACAUCUACAGAAACAGACAAAUCCCCUGCAGCGAUCAUCAUGGGUGGCGGAUAUACCCAGACUGAUUUACAGGAGAUCCGUGCUGCAAGUCAGGGACCGGAUACCAAACCAGUGGCCUGGCUCAAGGUUGAUCCGGCCAAAACGCCGUCGUCAAUUCCGGUGGGACCGGAGUAUGGCCGGGCCGUGGCGAAGCGGACAAAGGAUCGGUUGGAUGAAUUGGUGCGGAAUGGGGGCAUUGAUCGAGAUGAGGUGCAUUUUAUCUAG